AUGGAGGAAGACACUACUAUGGUUCAUGUGACCACUGAGGCAAGAGACUCGGGCCCCCCAGAUGCUCCUUCCAGUUUAAGCAACGGCAACGAGGUGCAGGGGCCAGAUUUGAUGGCCAAGCCGGCACUCAUGGAAGAGUGCCAAACCGAGUCUGACUAUGACACCCUAGCAGAAAUCCCAUCCUCACAACUGAAUGACGAAAAUACGGCACCAGAUAUGCAACAAAUUGAACCUGGUCAUCCCACUGCUCCCGUCGACCCCGUUCCAAGGAGACGUCCCGUUGAUACAGCGUUCGAGAUGGAUGAAGAUGACUACGAAGCUCUGCGACUCUCGUUGGGAAUACCUAAGCAAUCGGAUGGGUUUUUGAACAGGAAAACAUCCCCAAGAGCCAUUCCAAGCCCGGCCACGCCCGGAACACAGAUCGCACAGGAAUCUCGAACUACUGACAGGCAUCUGGCGUCUCCGAUUCAGCUCCAACCUCGGCGUCGUCCGCCGACCAGUUCUAGUACGCCGCUAAGUGAGGCACGGAAUGUGUCCAGAAGAUUCCCUGGACGACCCCGAAAGCGUGCGUACCAGUAUCUCGAGCAGGAGGCUGCUUCGAUCUUGGGUGAUGAUUGGAUCUUGCAAAAGAAUAAGCUCACCUCGAACAUGAAUGACAUGUCCAAUAACGAAAAGAAGCCACACCUGGCGAGCAAGUCCUCUUGGAACCCGCAGCAAAAACGCACACAAUCUGGGACUCAAAGCACUUUAUCCACCGCGACCUGGACUGUGCUCCCAAAAGAUCGGCUUGAGGUGGUGCUACAAACCAAACGAAGCACUCGGCUGGCUGCAUAUAAGGAGGCUGAUGGUAGUAGCAAAAGUGUCGCCGAACUGCCCAAGAGAGGUGGUCAUCGCGGAAGAGGUCGACCAAGAGUUUUGCUAAGCGCACGAAAUCAGGCUACCAGCCGGGUUGAGAAGACGGCUGCCGUGAUAUCCAAGAAUACUUCAAGUGGCAGACCUAGGAAUGCGACGCGGAGAGUCAUCGGUGGCAGGGUUGGCGUUAUCGGGGUGAGACGAAGUGAGAGAACGAAUGCCGGCAAUCUCGACCCGGCCAAACAUACAAUCACUUCUGGCAGCGUUGAGCCAACUAUGAAGAGUGUAGUUGAACCUGGAUCUCGACGGGGCAGACCGCCAGGUCGACCAAAGCGAAGAGGCCGGCCACCAACCCGUGGGGUGUCAAGCGGACGGAAGUAG